UGUGUCCUAGCCUCGCAUUGCGCAGUCAGUGAAACAAAGUGUCGGUGGUAGCAGCGUGCGUUUCUUGUGAUUUUUCAACCUAAAAUAUUGUCCUUACUGGUAGUGAAACCGAAGUACCUGGCCCAAAAGAAACACUAUUCGAUGGUGUUGUGAACAGUGAAAAAGCACAAGAUGAUUGAACACGAACAGCCGAACAUCACCGACACAGAGGUGAUAGAUCAUGAAGAGUUUCUCGAUCGCAUCAAGAAAACACUCUACUACGGUUCGUCUAAAGUGCGAUGCACCAAAAUCAGCCGACCGCUGGCUGACUACGCUGCGGAUGUGUUUUCCGAAACUCAUCGCGGUCAUUCCCUCAGUCGAUUGAACUUUGCGACUGUGGGCAAUCUAUCCGUGACGCCAUGCUCGCUCAUUCUGGCUAUGAUCUAUCUCGAUCGAUUAAACGCCACCGAUCCGACCUUUGUACGCCGCGUUACACCAUCGGAAUUAUUUAUAGUAUCAAUGAUGGUCUCCACUAAAUUCUACUGCGGUUAUGAUGAGGACAUCUAUCUAAGUGCCUGGGCUGAGUAUGGAAAUAUGACUGCGGAUCAAAUGAAAACAUUGGAACUAGAAUUCUUGGACGCAAUGAAUUGGAAUGCGUAUGUCUCCAAGCGAGAUUUCUUUGAGAAAUUGAAAUCGGUUGAAAAGGUCCUGGCAAAGCGGGAAGGUCUCACCCGUGGCUGGUUAACUUACACCGAGCUUAUCAACUUUCUACCUUCAUUUGCGAUGGCCAAACAGUUAAUACAUUAUAGCACAGUGCUCGCCCUAAGCUAUACCGCCAGCGUAAUGACCAUUGCUGGAGCCUUUCUGUUAGCUAGCAAUCUACAUCUCCCUGGAAACUUGCUUUACCGUGGAUCAUCCAAUCUGGAAAGCAAUAACAUGUCCAGCCACUGCACACUUUCUCAACAAACCAGAAUGGACGGUAUGAUCGAUAGCUCCACCCCUAUUGAUGAUACAAACACUCUGGGCUCAGACUGCAUCUCCGAUGGCACCCUUGCCGCAUCACAGAUAAAUGCAACCCUUAAAGACUGUGAAGCUUCUUUUGCUUGCGAGCAGCAACAAACGCAGCUCGAACGAAAUUGGCAUAGUACAAACAACCUGGAAGUUUCUGUUUUCUCACGCUACCGUUACCGUAACAUACGAUUUAUUUUCGACCCAGCCGGAGGUAAUAACGUUGUUCAACAGAUAGAUUUUCUUCAUUCCGAGCACGAGCUUAGCAACGACUCAGAACGAAAAACGAAUUUCGAACCAAAUGAACCAUUGGCGGAACUCAACAGUGCCGGAUCUCAAAAUUGUUCGUACGAUUGCUUCAUUCCACUGAUCGGCGGCACUAGCAAAUGGUGUGCAGAGGGAGAGCACGAGAAUUACGACGGUAUAUAUAAGCAUUACAAGAAGACGUACGAUAUUUUCAGUUCUCUAUUGAAAUUUUUGUAACGAGCCCUUAAAUUGGCCACAGUAGAUAGACUAACUAACACAGAAAUAUCGCAUACAUAUUAGAUUUUGUUUCGUUUAAGGAAACUGAACAACAUUAACCAACGAUGAUGCUGUAUGAGCUAUUACAGUCGUUGGCAAUCAAAAUUAUGCAGAAAUCUAAUGUACCUUUUCAUUCGUUUCAUUCCCGAUAUUUACAAUUAACAUUAUUUCAAUCAAAACUAAUAAUUGUAGUUUUUUUUUACAUACAUUAUAAACUACCGAUUGUUUCUUUUCUCUUAAUUAAUUUAAUCUGUUGAAUGCUUUUUUGCAAUAAAGUUCUAUUAUUCAAAUUUAAA